AACUCGACAUCCACCUCGACAGAGAUACAAUGGCGCCCUCCAGAACGUCGACUGUAAAGUCGAAACAUGCAACGAACAAGUCUGGUAUCCGAAAUAGCAAGACGAGCACAAAGCCCCAAAGCGAUGGCGUGUCGAAGUCGAAAAAACCAAAGAGCAAGGGUGCUCCACCAAAGCCGCAGAAGGGUGCUAGCAGCCUCGCCGCGCUGAAGAAGAAGAGAAGGAUAUACACGGAGAAGGAACUGGGCAUCCCGGCUCUGAACAUGAUUACGCCGGUCGGGGUGGAAAAACCGAAAGGGAAGAAGAAGGGCAAGGUUUUCGUGGACGAUCGGGAGAGCAUGAUGACUAUUCUGGCGAUGGUGAAUGCGGACAAAGAAGGCCAGAUCGAGUCCAAGAUGAUGAAGGCGCGGCAGAUGGAGGAGAUUCGAGAGGCGAGAAAGGCGGAGGCUGAGAAGAGGCAGGAGAUGAGGAAGUCGAAAUUAGAUGAGACGAAGGAAGGGAUAAGGAAGAAGCGCAAGAGGCACUCUUCUUCUGGAGACGAGGACAAGGAGAAUACAAAACAGGAGGCGGCUGCUGGGACGAAGCCGCUUAAGCCUAAGAAGAAGAGCGUUUCUUUUGCUUGAGUGUUUGGCCAGUUGGGAAAUCAAUCACGGUAUCUUGGCGUUUUGGCUAUGGAGUUUGGGCAAUGGCUUUCUGUGGUACAUAAAAAGUCAACGAUACCAAGUGUUUCAUUGAGUUGUAGUCAAAAUCAAUCCACAAUUGACAGGAGAUGGGCCCAUAUAUUUCUCCU